GACCCUCUGUGAACGUAGACCUCCUGUAUAGGUGUCUCUACAGCUGUCAGCUCAGCUGUGCUGCUACGACAUGAACUGAACUGAUAGAAGAGCACAGAAAGACAAUGUUCAAUUUAUUCAUUUUAUUGAUAACGUCGUAUUUUUCAACUAGUUUUUCGUUUUUUUUUGCGGCGAAUUAAGCAUUUUGUAAUGAAUUAACGUUAAUUUUAAUUUUCAACUGAUCUAUUACUUUGUUGUUGAACCUCGGGUCGUUUAUUAUUCAUUUCGAACAAGUAGUUUUUAAAGCGAUACGUGUAAUUUUAUCAAUCCUUAGAUGACUGAGCUGUUCAACAUUUGCACGUUCUUUUUGAUCGAAUUUUAUUACUCGUGAAUCGAAUAUUUUAUUCAAUUAUGAGCAUCCACGAAAUGAUAGAUCCAGCUUCAAACAAUAACCCUCUAUGGAACCUACUCGAAAUUGCUGAAGACCUAGUCAGCUCGAUAGCAAAAUUUUGCUUAGUUUUUACGGUGGGUUUUAUAGGCUUCCACCUUACAGUUCGGAUAAUUCGAUCACUCAUUUCCAAAUUGUACAAAAUGUACAGGAGAAGAAACCCAGAGGAUCCGGAAGUAAUAUGGGAAAGGAUUAGGCCGCACUUCGAAUUACUUAUGCAGCAACGGCCGUUCGAAGAAAUCGAACAAUUUUUGGAUCUGCUGGUGGAGAUAGCAGAACUACCAGAAGAAUUAUUCCGCGAACGUUACAAUCGAGGAGUCCAAAGAAUUUUUGGUUUCCAGAUGUGACUUUGACCGCGCAGUAGAAAUCGAGCUGUUUUUAGUACCGAAAUAAACCUGAUCAAUCUACCAGAUAGUUAUGUUUCGAAUAUUAUAAGCGAGUUUUCUCAAAUCGAAAAAUUACUAAAUCCGAAUUUUGUGAUGAUACUAACUUGUAUAUUUUCUAUUCAGGUUAAUUUCUCGUUUUACUUUCUGCAUCAAUUUUGUAUGUAUAGUAAAUUAUUAUUUUUGGAAUAAUC